AUGGCGGGAUCUGAAGAGGGAGGCGCCAGAGCGGUGGGUCCGUACAUCUUACAGAGGACUCUCGGCAAAGGGCAAACAGGGCUAGUGAAACUGGGAACUCAUUGCGUCUCGAGGAAAACAGUAGCUGUCAAAAUCAUCAACAGAGAAAAGCUCAGCAAAUCUGUUCUUAUGAAGGUUGAGAGAGAGAUUGCCAUAAUGAAACUCAUCAACCAUCCCCACGUCCUCGGUCUCUAUGACGUCUAUGAGAACAACACCCAUCUCUACCUGAUUCUAGAGCAUGUGUCAGGAGGUGAGCUGUUUGACUAUCUGGUCAGGAAAGGCAGAUUGUCGGAGAGAGAGGCACGAAGGUUCUUCAGACAAAUAGUCCACAGAGACCUCAAACCAGAGAACCUGCUGUUGGACGAAAACAGACAUAUAAAAGUGGCAGAUUUUGGUAUGGCCAGUCUUCAAGUCGGGGGAAAACUCCUGGAGACAAGCUGUGGGUCUCCUCACUAUGCCUGUCCGGAGGUGAUUAGGGGUGAUCAGUAUGAUGGGAGGAAGGCUGAUGUGUGGAGUUGUGGCGUCAUUCUAUAUGCUCUUCUUGUGGGAGCUCUGCCAUUUGACGACGAUAAUCUACGAGUGUUGCUGGAGAAGGUGAAGAGAGGCCAUUUCGUAAUCCCUCCCUACCUACCCCAGGGUGCUCAGCAGUUACUCCGGGGUAUGGUGGAGAUAAACCCCGUCAAGAGAAUGGCGUUGGAUGAUGUAAUGAAACAUCCUUGGUUCAAAGGGUCACAUGACAGUUCAGAGCUGGAGCCAGUGGCCCCGAUGAGUGACGCCGUGGAAACAGUCCCGCUCGAGUCACGGACUGACAUCGAUGCUGAUGUGUUCAAGAGUAUGGCCUCCCUCGGAUGUUUCAAGGAUAGAACUGCACUGGCCAAGGCUCUUCUCUGUCCAGAACACAAUGAAGAGAAGGUGAUAUACUUCUUGUUGCUGGGGAGGAAGGAGAGACAGCCCAGUACUGAGGAUCAGACACAGGCUAUCAGCAGCCACCAUCACAAUGAUCCUCCGCGGAAGAGAGUUGACUCUGCCACGGCGCCCACCACCUCCUCUCUCUACCUCAACAACAGAGGACGUUCCCAUUCCAUCGGCUCUGCUGGGUUGGACAGCACUUCAUCAACCAGACAAACGAGAGUUAAUUCUGUGGCCACACCCACCUACAACCCCUCGGCCGCUGGCUACUACACCUACUCCUCUUCCACCCCUCCUUCCUCAAGAACUCGCAAAACCAGUUAUGCACCUGGCGACACGGCACCCUCCUCCCUCACCCUUCCUCUUGGUGCUUCGCCACAGCAACCGGGGUCACCAUGGAAACGAAAGUUGUCUCAGACGAUGAAGACCUUCAUGGGGUCGCCACGGUUUCACCGCCGACGCCUGGACGGUCAUCCUGAGUCACCAACGGCAACCAACACCCCCACCCCUACCUCUGAGUCCCCGUCUCCCGUCAUGGCCAAGAGGUCGUGGUUUGCCAAUCUGAAGGCAGAGAGAGAUAGAGUGGAAGUUGUGGUUGUGUAUCGAGACAAGACCUUUGCUGAGCUCCGUGUCGCCCUCCUCCAGUCCUUCACUGUGGUGAACUGUGAGCACGAGGACGUGGGGGAGAAUGUGUUCAAGGUGAAGUACGCCAAGUCUCGUCGCCUGAAAGGCAAGCGAGUCUUCAAGAAGCCGGUCAAGUUCCUAAUCAAGUGUGUUCCCACGGAAACGGCAGGGGAAACUGGGGAGGGUGAACAGAGUGACGGGAAAACCUACAUCGUCAGUUUUGUUCAGACCGGAGGCCCUUCUCGCAGGUUUUACAGAGUUUGUGACAAGCUUCAGUCGGCCAUCGUUAACCCUUCAGCCAUUAACCCUCUGAACACUGAAUUUGUGGACUACGACAACCCUAGUCUGAGUUCCGAUGAUACUCUAGCCCAGCACACCAGUGGAUCACCCAAUGGAGAGGGGUCCGAGAGUUCAGAGGUCGUUACCCCGGAGACCAACGGAGCCGGAGAUCUUACGGAAGACUCGACUAGUGACAUGAGCGAUGCUGAGAGUGUGCCUGGCACCGAGUGA